GCUAAUGGCUUAGCAUUUGACAGCUCUGAAGCAUAUUUUCUCUCUUUUCAAACAGUCUCUUUAAAGUGUGCUUAAAAACAGGAAACCACACAUCUCCACCCCGGCACGAGCCGCCAUCCACCGGUAUCAGCUCAGGGAUGAGAAGAUGGCGACUCUGAAAGCCUCUGACGCUGGGCUUAAGUGUCAGGAGGGAUAUAUAUCAGGAUGCAAAGAUCUUUGUGUCAGCUGUAGAAAAGGCGACUAGACAACUUACAUUCGGCUCCGGGAGAUUUUAACUUGUGGGUCUUCAUUUCCUUCCACUCUCCGGAGAGCCUGAAAGCAAAGCAUGAGCCAUCCACGGACCGAGAUGAGUGACAGCCCUUCCCUGAGUCCUCCAGCGCCAAGCCAGGGCCCUACUACCCCACGCAAAGGGCCCCCCAAGUUCAAGCAGAGGCAGACUCGGCAGUUCAAGAGCAAACCUCCCAAGAAAGGGGUGAAAGGGUUUGGAGAUGACAUCCCAGGAAUGGAGGGGCUAGGAACAGAUAUCACGGUGAUCUGUCCCUGGGAAGCAUUCAGCCACCUGGAACUGCAUGAGCUUGCUCAGUUUGGGAUUAUAUGAAGAGUCCAGAGGCUUGGCUGCUCUCAAGAGUAGCUGCUGCUAGGGAGUGUCAUUGUUUUUAUCUAGUUGGUCUUUCUCAGUCUUGAAAUCCAGUAUUUGGUAGAAGCAUAUAUGGCCCUGACCCAUGCAUGAGUUUUUGUAUGUGUUCUUUCCUGCAUGGUAGCUCAGCUUCAAUGUUGAAUAAAAAGGCACUUUUGGGGGAUUUUCCCCAACUUUACACCUUUUCCUAUGU